AUGGCGACCGCAAACACGAACAGAAGCAAACUUCCGGGGCCUGCCUCUUUAAAAAUCACUCCGUCCAACUCGCCCAUCCUGCGCCCAGGAUCUCGAUCUCUCAGCAGGUCUUCUCACCAAUCGUCUCUCUCUCUCCAAACUGUCCUGGGCACCACAACAACAACUCCAAAUGGCUUCUCCAGCCACGAUCAAAGCAAGAGCUUUGCUCUGUAUGCGGGCUCCGCUGCCGUUCUUGCUGAGCUCGAUGACGACGCUAAUGUUACCCAACGAUUCUUUCGAGCGCGUCCCUCCGCGACCAGCAUGAACCCAACCACUUCCUUCUACAACCAAUCUACUCCUCCCACCACCCCCGAUACCCGAUCACGGUCAAUUCAGCAAAUUCGGUCCAAUCCUCACCUUAACCUCCCUAACGUAGCAACCCCUUCGAGCGAUUUACCAGAAAAUGGCAGCCCACGCACGUUAUCAUCCAGAGAACGCAUUAAGGCUGUGACAAGUGUAUCAAUCAGCCCCAAUGGUCGAUUCCUGGCGGUUGGCGAGACCGGUUACAAUCCUCGAGUCAUGAUCUUCUCGACCGCGAAAGACGCCUCGCCCGACGUCCCUCUCUCGAUUUUGAGCGAGCACACCUUUGGAGUGCGCUGCCUAGCUUUCAGUCCCGAUUCACAAUAUCUAGCGACCCUGGGCAGCAUGAAUGACGGAUUCCUCUUCAUUUGGACCAUCAAUCUCAAAAAUGGGUCCGCUAAGCUGCAUUCAACAAACAGGUGCACUUCUUUUGUCCGAGACAUCUGCUGGAUUGGCCAAUCGCUGGUGACAGUUGGUGUCCGCCACGUCAAAGUCUGGCGACUGCCCACUCCACGGCCUAUCUCGCCCACCAAAACGCGACUAGCUUCUGACAGCGCUGGUCCCUCGCCAAGCCCAGCACCUAAGGCUCUGAGUGGACGAAACUGUCUCCUUGGUGCUCUCGGAGACACUACGUUCAGUUGUGUAUCCAGCAUAUCAGACCAGGAAGCUGUAGUGGGUACAGAAUCCGGUGCUGUAUGCCUCAUUGAUGAUCGCGAAAGCUCUCAGAAAUUAACCGUCAUCACUCAAGUCGGUUUCUGCAUUGCCUCUUUGGCAGUCGAUUUUGACCGUGAGACGAUUUGGGUUGGCGGCCGCGGAAGGAAGAUGCAGCGAUUAUCCUUUGAUGCAGUCCGAUCGCCGCCUAAUCCAGCUCCUAUGUCACCUGCACGGUCUGAAAAGGGAGUCCUAGAGAAGAGAAGCAAAAUCCCAGCCAUCACUUGUAUGGGUUCACUUUUCUCUCACAUGGUCACGGUCGAGUCUACCCGCGAGAUCCACAUUUACCCAAUUGAUGCGCUACGGGAAGAGGGUGAGCAAGAGCUAGGGGAAACCUCCAUGCCUGCUCAUCGAGAUCCUGUCUAUGGGGUUCGGUCCCUUGGGAAGCCAAAUGAACUCAAAGCAGAUUUCUUCUCGUGGUCGCGAAAUGGUAGUGUUAAUUUCUGGGAUUCUCGGGGGAAGUGCUUGAACUCACGACUUGUUCCGCUCGAGCAAAAUUACGCAACCGAGGAUGAGAUGUCCAACGAAUUGAAAGUGGUUCGGGCCGGGGAACAGGGUAAAUGGUUUGUUUCUGGAGAUAAGCUUGGCAUCCUGAAGCUCCUUGCGGGCUCUUCCCCUUGGGUUUGCACGGCCGAGGUUCGGGCUCAUGGUGGCGAAAUCACUGAUAUUGCUCUUCAUUCCUCUGCUGAGUCUACACUAGUGGCCACUUCGGGACGAGACCGUAUGGUCCAAUUGUUCGAGAAGAAGGACGACUCGUUAGAGUUGGUCCAGACAAUGGACGAGCAUGUCGGUUCAGUAGGGCAGAUCAUGUUCAUGAAUGACGGCGAGAAACUCUUAUCUAGCUCUGCUGAUAGAACCAUUCUCAUUCGAGAACGAGCGACGCGCGAGGAAGAAGGCUCAACUUUAGUAGCUUAUCUCAUAUCGAAAGUCGUCACUCUCAAGGCCUCACCGGUCUCGAUGACACUAUGCCCCGACGAUUCGAACGCCCUUUAUCUAUCGACCAUGGAUCGGAAUAUCUCGAAGUUCGAUGUACCUUCGGCAAGGCAGCUCCAUUCUUUUCGUGCAGCCGACUCCGAUGGGAAUGACGCUGUUAUCAUGUGCUCUCUCACGGUCAAAUCUGAGGUGCCUGGCCAAAGCCCUAAGCUUCUCAUUGGGCUUUCUAGCACGGAUAAAUCCAUUCGGGUAUACGACCUCGAAAAGGACACCUUGAUCGCUGGAGAGUUUGGUCAUACCGAGGGCGUCAGCGAUGUUCUUUUGCUGGACGGAAAUGACGAUCCCGAUAAGCCACAGACGCAGCGAAGCUUGAUUUCUGCCGGCAUCGACGGUAUCCUUAUGAUAUGGGGCUUAUGUGUUCAGCCCCAGGCAUCCCUCGAGGCUUCAUUAAAUGGACGAGAGGAAGAAGAACCGGCGAAAGAGACGACGGCAGCUAGGCCUCCUCUCCGCAAAGUCCUUUCUCGUAGCGAAAUGGCGGGUUUCCGACCAGAAAAUACAAACCCUUACCCCAUUGGCACUCCGACGCCCGUCCGAGACCUUUCUCCAACCCUAAGAAGGAAGCUAUCCAAGCUCUCUUUGACCCCAUCCAACCUCAAAAACCAAUCCGUUGCGGAGACACCCUCUCCUCCGAACCGCCUGUCUCCAACCAAUCCGUCCGAGCGAUCUCGGCGAUCCCCGUCGCCAGUGAGCCCGAGAUCCAAACCACCUUCAUCCCGAAAACCCACCAGCGCCAAGAACCACAAUCGGCGAACUUCACUAGACUUUCGAAAUCGCAAGGUUUCUGGUCGAGGCGAGUUCGGCAGUCUAGAAAUGUCUACAGAGCAAUUGUGCCGAACCCUCAAGACCUACCGCAGAAAGCUCAACGGCUCAUCCCAAAAAAUCCAAGCACAUAAAGAACUGGAACGUGAGCUUAGCCUUACACUCCGUGCUGUCAAUGCCCGUGCCAUAAACAGCGAUGAGAGCGGCGAAACAGAAACAGACAGCGGGAAAGAAAUUGACCGCCGACCAAGCUACUCAUCCGUCUCCUCGCUAUCCCCUCGCCAGCCAAGGCGUCAGUCGUCCAAACAUCGGCCUCAGCAUGUACCUCACACGCCUCGACACGCUCCCUCUACACCUGUGCUGCGGCAAAAGGGCCUAGAAAAGGUUUCCCGAAGCCAGUCGUACGAUGCGGCCACCGGGAAAUGA